CUAUGGGUGUCUGUCAUAAAUACGCGCACCUAAUAGAAAUAUAUUUUUUGCACCAAAAAGGUAGUGCUUUCCGAUAGUUGCGUUGAUUGAAUUAAAAAAAUGAGGCCGAGGGUGACCUAAGCCAUGAUACGGUUUUAAAUCGUCUUAAGGUUUAAAAUAUUGGGCGUCAUGAGCUCACGUAUCAGGGAAAAUGUACAGCAUUUGUUCGAAUGCUUCUGCGAAAUUGUACCGCCUAGCGCAGGAAAGCAAGCCUGGAUAAUUCAGCAGUAUCCAGAUAAAUAUAAGGACCAGGAAGUGCUUAAAUCUGUACCCAAAUUUGCCUAUCCCUACAAAUUUGAAAACACUGUCAUCCAACACUAUUCUUUUGUAUUGACUGAUCUGGAAUCCAAAUGGACAUUUGGGUUCUGCAGACACGACCCCAAAACAGAGACUGCAAUCGUCGUCCUGAGUUACCUACCCUGGCAUCAAACCUUUUACAAAUUUUUAGACACCACAGCAGUAUUAAUGCAUAGCUCACGCACUGAGGAUCUGAGUCAGUUUUUGUCAGCUGUGUAUGGUACAAAAAUUGCGGAACCUGGCAAAAAAAUUUUUGUUACGUUUAACAGGGGCCAAAGUACUUUUGUAGCUGAUAUUCCUAGACCAUUCCAAUUGCCAAGCAUACCUGAAAAUCGUAACCUGACCGAAUACUACAAUGCAGUAGACACAAACAAUAUGAUGACGGUUUUUGCUUCCAUGUUAUAUGAGCGGCGCAUAAUAUUUACUUCAAAACAACUCAAGAGACUGAGCGCUUGUGUGCAAUCUGCCAACGACAUUAUCUACCCAAUGAUCUGGCAGCACAUCUUCAUUCCAGUGCUACCAGAGAGCCUUAUUGAUUACUUACUGGCCCCCAUGCCUUUCCUGAUUGGAGUUCCCGAGGAGGUGUUAAAAAGGGUGCAAAAAAAUGAAAUUGGAGAUGUAGUUGUGUUAGAUGCCGAUACAAACACUGUUAACACUCCCUUUGAUGAUUUAAGUAACCUACCGCAAGAUGUUGUGCAAUCGUUAAGGAAACAGUUGAGAAACAAAUCCGCGGUUCUGGGGGACGGAGUGUCUCGAGCCUUCCUCAGGGCUCUGGUGCAGCUAAUAGGCGGUUACAGGGACGCAUUAAAGUUUCAACCGGGUCAAAGGGUGAUUUUUGACGAAGAAAAAUUUAUCGAAACGCGGCCUUUAUCGCUGCAACCGUUUCUGAAGGAGAUGCUGCACUUGCAAAUAUUUCAGCAGUUUAUUGAAGAGCGUCUGACGAUGCUCAACACCGGCCGCGGCUUCUCAGACGAGUUUGAGUUCGAGUUGGAAAACUAUUCGGCCAAGUCGGGUUCUAAACUGAAACAGCAAUACAAAGAGUGGACGUCGACGAUGAAAAAAGAGGGUUCCGCCUUUUUUAAAACCGUAAAGGAAAAGGCCAAUCCUGCGAUGAAGUCGGCUGUGAAAACGGUGAAAGACGGCGGGAAAGGUAUGAAAAGCGCCUACAAAGGUCUAAGGUCGAAGUUAAAAGAAGUGCCGCCGACGGGGAGCAGUCCGCACCCUCUUCAGAACGGCAUGGGCGACCCAAAGCCUCGUUCAGCGCCUAACUCGCCCACCGGCAAGCGAAGACCGCUGACCGGCUUCAGCGUGCCCGUGGCCAGUUACAGAAAAGACGCCUCGCUUGCGUUCAAAAACGCUAACCUGCAAAGGUCUUACAGUCCCCUGAGUCCGGGAUCGCAACCCGCGUCCCCAGACGUACUCGACACACCUAGGAGCGGCAGUCCCAUCGAAAUACCGCGCAUCGACUUAAUGGACGAGAUGCAGGACUUGCUGAAGUUUCGGUUGGAUACGCCUCCCGUCGACCGAUCCCUUAAACCGGUCCGCAGCUUGGAAAAUUUUAAGAACGCACCGAACCCGUUGACGAGUCCCGAACGGUGGCCACAGCCAGCGGCGGUGCCGCGGCCCUCGCUACCCCACUUCCUUUCCUCCCCUAACCGUUACUUCCCCUCGACGAAAGAGACCCAGAACCUGCUCCAGUCGCCUCUCGAGGAGGCGUUUCUUUCCCCGCCCCUCGUUCCGCCGAGACAAACGAAACCGAGUCGGGAGGGACCGUUCUUCUGCGGCGCUUCAACGUUCGUCGUUGGCGGCGGACAGAACGAAAACGGCGACCCUGUGUUUUUCGUCGCUGACCAGAAUAACGUCGAUAUCGUUAAAUUGUCGCCGCCAAAACAGUGUGCGCCUGGCAGGCGGAAGGGGACCGACGAUAGCGAGGACCUCAUCCGGUUGGAUUCUGCGUCGGACUUGGACGAUUUCGAUCCGUUGAAAUCCUCGUCGUCGACAUCAUCGUAUUCAACGCCGACGCACGGACAACCGCCACUAAGCGUGUCGAACCCGCUGUAUAAUUCCUCAUACGAAGACCACGCCCUUCCGACCGCAGUCGCCGGCCUAAGAAGUGACUGUCGGCCGUUCAACAGGAACGAUCAGGACCUGUUGCAGGAGUACGGCCUCGAUUUUAACUUUUCCGAUAUGCAGGCUGGGUCGAAGAAGGUGAAUACCCAAAGUCAGUGGACCAAGUUCGAAUAGUGGCGGAAACCGAGUCCUUUGAUUUUUUUGUUACGAUAGAGUUUUAUUUAUACACGUUUUUUUAAUUAUUAUUUUGUUAUGAAAAUUGUAUCGUAAUUUUUUUCGUACGCAUCUUUCAAGUCGGCCACUCUUGGAUAAAUGAAUAAGAUCACUCAGAACCCGUGACGUAACUAUUUUUAAUAUUAACGUUUUUAGAAGAAUUUUUUAUAGAUAACAAUCCCAGUUAAGCACAAGGUGUAAACAGAGAGGGCGUGAUGGACAACAAAAAAGAUCAAAGAGACGUAUAAAUUUAUAAGUAAACGUGUUACUCGAUUGUCGGAUGUAUAGCCUUAGCUGUGAUAUGAAUAUUAUGAAAUUUUUAAUAUGCAUUUGUUUUGUUUUACAAUAUUUAAUAAAUCGAUUGAUAUUAAGGUCGUUUUCUGUUUUUGUUCGAACCCCGACUACCACGAUUAGGU